AUGGCCACCAUUCUGGGGAAGCGGAAGGCCGUUGCUGGUCUGGGGAACCCUACGAAGAAACAAAAAGGCGCGCAGCUUUCUUCAUUACCUGGUGGGCAAUUCCGCACAUCAUCAAAUUUCGUUUUAUCUGAUAGUCGUACAGUAGAGCAAUCACUGGACUCUGACGAUGAGGCGGAGGACUACCAACCAGAAAACGACGAAUUUUCCGACGGUGAAAAAAAUGUCAAUACGCCAAUCACUCCGUUUUCUCCUGGACGCAAGAAAUUUCCAUCGGAAUUAAAGACGAUCAGAUGCACCCACGAGGGCUGUCCCAAAGUUUUUAACAGACCAUCUCGAUUAACGGCACAUUUGAGAACACACACCAACGACCGACCUCAUAUUUGUACAUUCGAAGGUUGCGACAAAGCGUAUUUCGAGGCAAAGCAUCUCCAGCAACAUAUCAGAGGAUCACACACGAAAGAACGGGAGUUUCAGUGCGAUUGGGAGGGAUGUAACAAGAGCUUCUUGACGUCGACCCGCCUGAAUAGACAUAAGACUACACAUAGUGGUCAGAAUGUGUACCGCUGUACUGGCUACUCACCUUGCAACGACCCUUUUCGCAAACACCAGACUCUCCAACGCCACAUCCGCUCAGCACAUCUCAACCUGCCACCGUACCCUUGCACACAUGUCGAUCCAGUGACUGGCCAAGUCUGUGAUGCUGCAUUUGAUGGUGGAACAGGUCUUCGGCAACACGUGAACCGGAUCCACUCGCCUGUUCGAAUUCAAUGUCUUCAGUGCGAUUCUCCCGGCUUCAAAAGCGAUAGGGAACUUCAAGCUCACAUCCGGAAAGAGCACGCAGAUUGCCCGUUUUGUGACAUCAAAUGUUCAAGCCAGCGCGAGCUGCAGAAGCAUAUAGAGAUCCAUCAUUCUGGCAUCUCACUCGAGCAAAGAAAGAACGUUCCAUGCACGUUUCCGGGUUGCAAUAAGCGAUUCACCAAGCAAAAUAACUUGAACACUCAUAUGCGAACGGCCCACAACGGAGAGCGAUUCAUUUGUGGUACAUUUGACCUGAGCUCCUAUCCUGACAUGGGAGAGUUUGAUGACGACGAUGGAUGUGGAAUGGACUUCGUCUCGAAAAUCAGUCUCGUGGACCACGUACGUACCGCGCACCUAGGCCUCAAGGGCAUUGCGAAUGCUAGCCGCAAGGCGAACAAAUAUGGCGGCAUCGAAGAAGAUGGACAAUUAGAGGAAGAUGUUGAAGAAGAGGGCCAGCUGGGUCUUAGUGAGGAAGAGUACGUACCAAAGAGAAAGUCCAAGCGAAACAAGAGAGCGAAACCACCGGUCAUUGUUGAACCACCUGUCCACGAUCCGAGGAGAAUCAUUCCGUGCCUUUCAGCUAGCUGCCGACACAUGUUCAUCCGAAAACAUGAUCUUCAGGUUCAUAUGCGUACGGCUCACCCUACCCCGCUUCCCGGAAUGGAUUUUGACGGCCAAUUCAUGUUUGCGGAUGAUCCAGAAAUGCCAAAUUUUCAAUCUGGAAUGGGCGGUUUUGAUCAGGGACCGGGCCCGCAAAUCGGUAUAGCAGGAUUUGAUCAGAUGGCGGUUCCACAGACUAUCCUAGGGCCGUCAGGAGAUGGCCAGAACGAUUUGGACUGGGAUCUUCAGCGUCAAGCAUUGGAAGGUGGUCAGUUCUGGGUGGGUGCCGAUCCGGGACUCGGUACUCUUGACGAUGAGUGGAAUCGGGACGAGUCGGAGAUGCGGAGGCUGAUUGGAGAGAACUGA